UUCCGCCGAGCGAUCGAGCGCACGGCAUCACGGCGAUUGGAAAGCUCCGGGGGCCUCCUUAAUAAGCUCCCCUUGGCACGGCGACGCAUUCCGAUCCCCUGAGUGUCGUGCCUUCGUCGCGGAAUUAACGCUAUAAUCUUGGUGCAGUUCAGUUGAUUAGGAAAAAGCUUUUUUUAAAGCACAUAUUGAUAAUCGUCCAUAUAGUAUAAAGAAAAUAUAUAGAUCAUGGUUUGCAGAGACGGCGAAAAGAUUCAAACAUGUGUAGUACAGUUUAAUAUGCCCUUCGAGGCAAACCAUAAACUUUAUAGCGAUAAAUUAACUUUAAAUGUAUCGACACGUGUGAAAGAUCUUUACCAUUACAUCGAAGAGCACUACCACAUGCGAGCAGACAGCUUCAAGUUGUUGUUAUGCACGUCAUCACGCAGCCUGAUCGAUUUGUCUGACGUGAAGGAGCAAAAAACGAUGGAAGAGAUUGGAGUGGACUUCUCGGGCGAUUCUGGCCUGCCCGAGAACACGAAGAACACUUUAUAUGUCGUCGAUCCGUCACAAUCCUUCGCCAUAGACGCGACGCUACCAAAGACCACGGAGUACGGCGUACAGGGUUUGCCAACGUUUAACUUCGCGGGUGCCCCGGCUCUCCAGCCGCACGUGUGGGACGAGGAAAAUAUCGUCAGGGAAGAUGUGAGAGAAGAUGCCAGGGACAGUAGAGAAGAAGUUAACUUCAGGAGUUUUAUCAAAACCGAGACGAGUUAUGUUGGUUUAGUGAACCAAGCAAUGACUUGUUACCUGAACAGCCUCCUCCAAGCAUUGUACAUGACACCUGAGUUCCGUAACGCGCUGUACAAUUGGGAGUACGUAGAUGGUUCGGAAAAGGAUGAAGCUUUAAGUAUACCAUAUCAGUUGCAGAAGCUAUUUCUCAAUUUGCAGACGUCUACAAAAUCCGCAGUGGAGACCACGUCGUUAACUAAAAGUUUCGGAUGGGAUUCCACGGAAGCGUGGCAGCAGCAUGACAUCCAAGAGCUUUGCAGAGUCAUGUUCGACGCGCUGGAACAGAAAUUCAAGAACACCGAACAGGCUGAUCUGAUCAACAGGCUUUACGAAGGCAAGAUGAUCGAUUACGUCAAAUGCCUCGAGUGCGGAACGGAGAAAUCGAGGGAAGAUACUUUCCUCGAUAUCCCAUUGCCGGUCAAACCGUACGGAAGCAACGUCGCGUACAACAGCGUGGAGGAAGCGAUCAGAGCGUUCGUCCAGUAUGAGACGCUGGAGGGAACCAAUCAGUACCACUGCGAAAAGUGCACCAAGAAGUGCGACGCGCACAAAGGGUUGAAGUUCACGAAAUUCCCGUACCUGUUAACUCUACAUCUCAAGCGGUUCGACUUCGAUUACAAAACCUAUCAUAGAAUCAAGCUUAAUGAUAAAGUAACGUUCCCGGACACGUUGAACCUCAACUCCUUCAUCUCGUCGACGACGAGUCAGGAGUCGCCGGGCGGCGACGAGGACGUCGGUCUGGGUAUCAAGUGCGACGACAGCUCGACGACGGACAGCGGUACCCUGGACGACGACUGCGCACCGUGCGACAACAGUCUGUCCAACAGCAAUCACUCGACCAGUCACGAUCAGGACGACGACGAAGGUAUCGAUAUGAGCAACGGGCCGUCGACGUCGAGCUGUACCACGCACAAUCACGAGAACGAGAAGAAUCGCAGUGCCUGCAUGCUGGCGAAGGGCCCGUACAUAUACGAGCUGUUCUCGAUCAUGAUCCACAGCGGGAGCGCGAGCGGCGGUCACUAUUACGCUUACAUAAAAGAUUUCAGGACGCAAGAGUGGUUGUGCUUCAAUGACCAAAGCGUGACCCAGAUAACUCACGACGACAUCCAGAAGACGUACGGCGGCGGGCCCCCGAGAACGUAUUACAGCGGCGUAUACAGCAGUAGCACGAACGCGUACAUGCUCAUGUACAGGCAAAUCGACCGCGCCCGUAACGCACUGCCGAUGCAAACGCAGGACUUCCCGACGCACAUUCAAGAAUUGCUGAGGAAAAUGAAGGAGAACGAGGAUAACGAUAGGAAAAAUCGGGAGAAACAAAUGUCCAUACCCAGAUUGAAGGUCUACUGUCACCAUCCGGUGGAGGGAAAGCUGAUGAACAUCAAGCUGUACGUCAGCCCGGAUAUCACCUGGGCCGAGGCGACGGAGCAGGCGUACAAGAAAUUCAUGCUCGAGAACGUGAGUCUGGAUCAGUGUCGUCUGGUCAGCUACGAUCACAAUACCGACAUGAUCGAGUGCAGCUACGACGAUCGCGAGCACGAGCCUGUGCGCAAGAUAUGGCGUACCUCGCGUCGUUUCGACCUAUUGCUGGAGAUACGUCGCAAGGAUCAGAAAUUCGAGACAUACUUGGCGGGUGGAGUCGCGACUAGGGUAUUCGUCAUAGACAUAGCCAGGGAGGAGGUAAUUGACGGUUCGAUCGAUAUCCGGGGUUCGUUGUCGCAAAGUGUUAAAGACUAUAAACAAACCGUAGGCAAGAUUAUUAAUAUGGAUCCGAAACAAAUGAAAGUAAUAGUGCAAAAGUAUCCGGAGACUAGGCCGGUGGAGAACGACGAUAGCGAUCUCCAGACUGAAGGAUUUUAUAACGCGAAUAAGAUAUUCAUUACGACAAUGUACGAUAUAGAUAAUAACAAAGCUUUUCAAGAAUCAACGGUAUACAGAGUCAUAGAGAACUUUAGACACGUCAUUACUCUGCACGUUCAGCUGCCAAAUAUCAGUAAAGAAACGUUGGAGAAAUUGAAUACCUGCGUAUUGGAAGAUAAGUACGAGGACAAGGAGAAGCCGGUCAGCAUUUGCCCAACUAAGCUGGGCGUUACCGAUUGGGGCGUUGUCGAUCUGAUAUACAAUGAAAUGUGGAAGGGUGGCACGCGAAGUGGCGAGGAUACCGCCCAGGUACGAAACCCGGCUCAUCAACUGGAGGAGGCCGAAGAAUGGAACACUCCCGAGCAAAGUAACAGCGAGGACAGCAGCCUUAGCGAUAGCGAUAAGACGUUGGUCGGCGACGCGCCGGAGGACACCACCACCACCGUUCCACCACAGCCGCAUUGGCACGAUCGCAAUUACAAGAUCUCGAAGCAGUUCGAGAUCGAAAACUGGGACAUCGAUGAUGAUUCUGAUUACUAUUUUCGAGCUACGCCGUAUAUAGAUAGCAGACAACAAAAAUUACUCAAAGUAUUAGUAGAUAAACGAAUGAGAUUAAGCACCUUAAAGAAAGAUCUGGAGCCAUUCGUGGGCGUACCAGUGGAGUACUUCAAAAUUUUCCGUCUAUCGAGUUCCGGGGAGUCGGAGUGCAGCUGCCUGACGGAGACGCUCAACUCGUACGAGGAUGGCGAAAGACUCAACGUGAAACUCGGGCGAGCCCUGCGCAACGGGGAGUUCAAAGUGAAGCUGUAUCAGCUGUUAAUCGACUCCAUUGAGCCUUACAACUUUUUGUGUGAAUGGAUCGUUUCGAAAGAUAUGACGGUCGGACACGCGAAGAAGGAGAUACUGGCAGAAAUAAAGAGGAAGUACGACAUAGACAUACCGUAUGAGAAAUGUCGGCUUAGGAAAAAAUGUUACAAGACACCCUCGAAGGUGUUCCUGAAUGAACAGAAGUUCGAGGACCUCCGAUUUCACUCGCAAUUUGAAAUGAUCGUUCAAGAACUACCGGAUAAGGAGACAGCCACGGACACCAAUCAAAUUGUCUUGUUCGUGAGAAGGUGGUCGCCAGAAAGAAUGCAAUUGGAACAGUUUCAGGAAAUUGUCUUGGACAGUAAAACUGUCGAAGAAUUGAAAAAGAAGCUCUCUUCGAUAUCGGAUAUUCCAGAAGAGUAUAUCGAUAUAGCGAAGGGGAAAGGAAGCUUUCCGUGUGAAAAUUCUGUGCUGCGAAUCCAAAAUGACCACGAUUGGAGCGAGCAGCAUGAGAGUCUGUCGUACAAUCUUGAUGAUGGCGCCGUCUUCUUGUACAGGGAUAAUAGGGAAAAGCAAAAGCCAUUACAUCCCGACGAGGUAAUGGAGAUCAAUAUUAAGGAAAUCAAGGAAAACUCACGCUUAACGCCGCUUUCUACCACUUCGAGUUACAGUCCACGUAGAGAGAGAGCACUCAAAAUAUAUUUGGACACCGAAUGAUCGUUCCCCCAUAGGUAGCGCCCAUAGAGAGCACGCGUCCUCCUAAGAAUCAAUCGGCUAGGUGAAGCGUGCGCGCGAACACGAGACGUCAGCACGCGAGAUCCUUGCAUAUUUUUGUGGAAUCGGCACUUCAUCGAAUGCCAAGUGUGUUGUGUUCCAGUGAGUCUUCAGCAUUUCAAAGCUUCCGCGUUCCUAAGGAUUCUCGGCAUUCUUCGAGACCGUCUGAGAAUUUUACGAAUCGUUAUGUAGUGACACACGUUAGCUUGGGGUCUCGGUUAUAUCAUGUCGCCUUUUGCGUUUUGCGAUUUCUACGUACGCAACGUGCUAAAUAUCCAGUUUCUCCUCACCUGGUCCGUUGUAUCAGUUUUCCAUCCGCAGAUUCCAAGAUUGAGACGGCGCAAUCGAUCGCAAACAAGAAAGAAA